UCAAAAACCUGUGUGCUUCUUGCUCUAUGUCUGUUCUUGAGUUUCCCACUUAGACCUAUACUAAAGAUGUUGUCACGAAAUAUUUUAAUUGCCUCAGUAGCAUUUGUCUUUCUGGCAACAGCAGUUUCAGCUGCUCCAGUUGAAGACAAAGACCCAGAGGAAAAUGAUUUUGAAGCAGAGGAGGGUGAGGAAGAGCUCUCGGAGGAAGAAGAGGAUGAUGAUGACUCCAAAGGUCAACAUAUGAAGGGAGCUGGAGCCCAGCAAGCCACAAUGGUGCCCAAGGGCCCUGGUGUGACUGUUCUACCUGGCACUUCUCCGGUGGGCGAACCUCCAAAUGGUCACAAAGUGAAUGGAGCUGUUGCUGUACAGACAAACCUUGGCUCACCAAGUGGCUCUUCAGCAACAGCAGCUGGUACUGAUGGAAGUAACGGAAGAGACUCUCAAGCCUUGCCCUCAAGUUCUCAAGGUGCAGUUUUAAGUGUGGCUGGUCAUGGGAGCUCAGGGUCCAAAGUCCCUGGGUCACCAAGCCAAGUAUCACUGAGCCAUGUGUCAUCAGGCCAAGUGUCUUCAAGCCAUGUGUCAAGUCUGAUGACAUCAGAACAGACAAGUGGUUCAGCUUUUGUUUCCUCUGAAGUCCAGUCACAAACAGAGGAAGCAGCAACUACAGAUGGAUCUACACAUGAAAAUGGUGACAAUGGUGAGAGCCAGACAGUUCAUAUUGGAUCACAGAUUGAAGCUCCAGGCUCAGAGUCAUUAUUAGAGAAACCAGAGACUGAGACCAAUGGUAAUGGACACAAACAACUCAUUAAUGGACAAGAGACAGGACACCCAGGCAUGAAUAAUUUCAUGGAGGGCACGACUCAAAUAGACUCGACAGGUGGUUUUGACUCAUUUGGUUCCAAUCUGGAAAUUACAGGUAUUAUAGACCAUUCCAGCCAUGACUUCCUUAUUGGUUUAAUGGGUGGCAUGGGGGACAGCUUUGCUCCAGAUCCCUACACCGACACUAUAGGUAUGCCUUCAGACCUCACCGAAGCUCCCUCAGACGUUAUGCCCACAUGUCUAAUCAAUGAUGCUAUCUCAGCAGAUCACAUGGGACUUGCUUUUCAGGUAGAGUCAACAGGAGCUGGACUAGAUCCUGGACUGCCAGCCAUUAUCAGUUCAGCUCAACCAGCUCCUCACUCUGCAGCAAAGGGGCCAGUUGCUUCCGCCAGUGUGACCUCUGACAAUGGUGCUCAGUAUAACUCCCCAGGAGAUAUGAGAGAGGGUGCUGAUAACAGUGGUGCUGAUUCACCUAAUAUAAAUGGCAAUGGCCGUCUCAGACCAGUUACAGACAUACACAAAGGUGAUCCUUCUGGGACCGGCAUCCACCUUUACACAACAGGUGAACACCAUGGACUCAUCACAAACACAGACGCAGCAGAAACCCUGGAUGUUAAGGACCCCACCAUUAGCCCUGUCACCAAAAUCCCCUCGGAAGCUGCAGUCACAUCAAAUGCUGCAGGUGUGGGAAUGCAAACGGACGUGACAGCAGGUUUAGAAGGUGAACCAGUGACCAAUGGACACAGACAGAUUGACAUUACAAUCAUGAGUGAUGCUAUCUACAGUUCUAGACCACCAGAUACAUUAGGGUAUGAAAGCACUGGUGUGACUGAAGCAAUCUCAAAUCAUACAGAUUCUGUGAUUGAUACUAGGGCUGGAUUUACAGAUGCCUCACAGACACAUAGUAGCAUGGUUCAGACAGAGCUCAUAGUCACAGGGGAUCCAGUUGGAGUCUCCUCACAGACAGAUGCUACGGGAACAGCUGUAGCUGAACCUCAAGGGACUCUCAGGGGUCUAAGCCAGCCUGGUGCUACGGAACAGACACAACCAGCUGUUUCAGCAGGUGAACAGUACCACACAUCUGGUCAGGGUCCUGAAGGUGCAGAAAAUGUGGAACUGGAAGAUACCUGCUGACUUUCACAUGAAGCCGCGUGUGAGGUUUCUGCGCUACAGAUUUCAGUGUACGGACCAGACGGCCUGGCAGAGGAACAGCGACCCCAACCACUAGCCUUAGCUUUGAUUCAUGUGUCUCAGUUUUUUUAUGUUUAACUAUUUAAACAUUAAGAUGACACUGUAAUGAACAAUUUAUUGCACCUGUUUUUAAUUUUAAGUGGCCACACUGUAUUUAAUUUUUUUAAUGUGAUGGGGAGAGGGACAAAUUUAAUCAUGGGGAAAAAAACAGUCUGCCCUUUUAAACCUGAUGUGUUAAAAGCACACAACAUUUUAAAUCUAACUUCUUUUCUGAUGUCUUGCUGUAUUUCCAUGCCUAGCUGCAUGAGCAAUAUUCUCUACAAGUGUCAUAUAUUGUACAUUUCUAAAUGUCAUUUGAAAAUCACAUUAAAUUUAACAUCUAUUUUGAACAUCAAUCUCAAGCAUUUUUAAUGCCCAUAGAUUGAGGUGUGAAAAAAUGAUGGAAUAUAAUCCAUUAUAAUUAUUCCAUUAUUCCAACAUCAUAGCAAUUUUCACCUUCACAUUUUCAGAUAAGAUAAUGUUAAAUGACAUACUGCAGAGGCAGUGCAAGUAUCACAUUUUUGGUUAUGGAAACUGCCAGAGUAAUUUUAAUAUGAACUGAAGAUGUGAUGUGGUAAUGUGUUAUUCCUUUGUAGGUAUAUAACACUGUCCAAGGCACAUGAAAAGAAAUGGAAAGUUCUAAAUAUAAAAAUUACCAUGAAAAGCAGUUAAAAAAAAAAAAGCAAUAUUAGGUGAGAGCAGUCUUUGCAUCUGAGACUGUACCAUACACUGUUAUGCAGUUUCAUAAAGAGGUUCCUCUGCAGAAUUUGAUGUCAUUUGAUUGUCUUGCUAAUCCUAAACCGCUUCACUGAUUUUAUUGAUCCAUUAGUUGAUUUGUUGCUAUAAGAACAGAUGAAUUUUUCUGUAGCACUUAACUUCUUGGAAAAAGAAAGCUUGAACAAAGAAAUGCUGCUCUUUUGCUCUAGAAACUGAUGCAGCAGACAAACAUUUAAAGCAAAAAUUUAUUUGGAAAAAUGUAAGUACUGUGCAAAUUUCA